GAGAAUUUUGUGGGCCCUAUACGUGGCAUAAGGUAUGAAUCCUUUCCACGUCCGCCAUUUUGACAUACGGUACUUUUCGAGAGUGUUGGUUUUAUGUUUUAUCGUUUCCCGUGAAUAUAAUCUUUUUUACUGAAAACGUAAGUAACGCAAGUGGCUUAUACCAAGCAACGUGACAUUACGGGCGAGUCUCAAUAAUUAGACGACGUUUCUAUAUAAUGGAACUUUGAGCGGGGAACCUUUCGACGAUUUGCGCUGGGGAGUAGGUCGAAGGUGACAGACAACCGGGUGUACGCAGUGGCUUCGCAAACCGCACAAUAUCUUCCGCCUUUGUCGCAAUACCACGGUAUUGGCGUUUUAGGUAGCCUGUUGACGAUUUUAAAAAAGUGAAUAAGAUCACCAGUGUGAAACGCUCUAAGAGUGAUCCUUAACACGGUAUUUACAUAAUCAGCAUUAAUCAUGGGGAAUAUGUUUGCAACAUUAUUUAAAGGCCUUUUUGGCAAAAAAGAAAUGAGGAUUUUAAUGGUAGGCCUCGAUGCAGCGGGUAAAACCACGAUAUUAUACAAAUUAAAGUUAGGGGAAAUUGUUACUACAAUUCCCACUAUAGGCUUCAAUGUAGAAACAGUUGAAUACAAGAAUAUAAGUUUUACUGUAUGGGACGUUGGUGGUCAGGACAAAAUCAGACCUCUCUGGCGACAUUACUUUCAAAAUACACAAGGGUUAAUAUUCGUCGUUGACAGUAAUGAUAGGGAACGUAUCGGUGAAGCGCGUGAAGAAUUGAUGAGAAUGUUGGCAGAAGAUGAACUUAGAGAUGCGGUACUUCUUAUAUUUGCUAACAAACAAGAUCUCCCAAAUGCAAUGAAUGCAGCAGAGAUUACCGACAAGUUGGGACUCCACUCUCUCCGUAAUCGCAAUUGGUACAUUCAAGCAACGUGCGCCACAAGUGGAGACGGACUUUACGAGGGCCUCGAUUGGCUCUCUAAUCAGCUCAAAAAUGCCAAUCGCUAAUUGGAACAUUAUUCUGUCAACAUUCAGUUGCUAUAUUAACAUCAUAAAAUCAGCUGCACACCUAUCCCCCCCAUGAAAGAAUAAUAAUAUAAACAGAGGUAACACUAAGUGCAAACCGCGAGAUCUUCUUGAUCUCGAAGUGGAGGGUGGAGAUUGUCGAAAGUUGUCAUUGUGCCAGGAAGUUUUUUGGGGGGAGGGGAGUGGGGAAAUCGGCCGGAAGCACACAUUCUAACGGCCACACAAGACUAUUGCCUUGUGCAACUUAUUAUUAUAAUUAUUAUUAUAUUAGCAUUAUAGUUACACUUUUUACACAGAGAUACCACAAGAAAAGUGGAAAACUUGGAAGUAAUUGUAUUAAAGUACCUAACUCUGAAACAUACAAUACACUUUGAUUAAUUAAUAAUUUGAAUAUCUUUGGAAAAAAAACUUAAGAACAAAAAAGUGAAGUACCCACGGUGUUGUCAGUUUGAAUGCGUUGGACAUACUGAUUAUCAUAAUGUAGCUGCAUAUUGUACAUUACAUUAUAUAAAUACGAUGAUAAAAAUGUGAUCAAUAGAUGAGAGAAUGUUGCUCUGUCCACUACAUUACAAAUGUCACAUCGGCCCAUCAGUUGACAUGAAAAAAUGCAGUGAGUGGUAACUGACGGUGCAAUGACUUACUGUUUCUAGUUACAAAAGUUUGUUUCUAUUUUUUUAAGUUUUCAGUGGUAUACGUCGACAAAAGAAAAGUAAAAAAAACAAUACAAAACUAUGCAGAAUGGUUGUCUUACUGCAUGUGACUAUCAGCAGGUGUUGUAAUUGCACCCUCCUUCACCUGCUCGCGAUUAAAACUAACAGUCAGUCAACCAUGUAUAUCUCAGUGUAAAAGAGAUAUCAUUUAUUUAUUGCACCUUGAUAAGGUAAAUUAGAAUAUUGUCAACAUUCCGAAAUUAUGCAUCGAUCGUGGCGGGAAAUGCAGAUAUAAAAAAUUCGAAUGGGAAAAAAUAUGAGAUGAAAAAAUGUGGAGUAAAGUAAAAAAAAGGUAAAAAAAAAUGAUUAGGAAAGAACCUCUCGCAGCAAAGAGAGAUAGGCCUCGCAAUUUCUAAGCCAGCAGUGCAAACUGGCAUGGCAGUCUGCCAGAUGAAGCCAUUUUCGCAAAGUCCUUCAAUCUCCUAAUGUUUUCCUGUCCUUAAAAAUAUAUUGUUUUUACAAAAUAAUCUUCCCCUAAUUGAUCAAAUCGCCUUUCCGUCAUAUGCGAAGAUUCGUAUAAUUAUAUAUGAAUGUUUAAACAAUUUGUGAAAUAUACUGUAAUUGUGCUUUA